UCGGCUGCAGAUAUUCAUCAACAUUUAUCCAAUUUCCUUUUAGUUUGUGUUCGUCAUGUUAGAAGAGAUGCUAAUCAAGCUGCUCAUAAACAUGCUUUAAUGUAGGAUAAUAUUUGUAUUUGGCUUGAGAAAAUUCCUUCGGCUAUCUUUUCUGUUGUUGUAAAAGAUAUUCUUUGAUUUAUGAUAACCGAUCUUUUCUAAAAAAAAAAAAAAGAAAAGUAAAGUGUAGACACAGUUUCAUGUGUUCGAGAUGUUGUGGAAGAUGAGACAUCAAAGAAAGGAGUACAACCCCAUUAAAAAAACAAGGCACCUAAAAUUUUAUGUUGCUGAUGAAGAAUGCCGAUAAACAUGUAAAUCAAAAUCAAACAAACAAAAAAAGUAAAAACAAAAGCAAAUUAAAAUUCCAAAUAAUCAAAACAAAAAGCAAUAAAAUUGAAAUUUUUACCUUCUUCACAUUGCCAAGAUGGAGGUUGUCGUAGAUUACCGAUAAAGAUAAAGCUGAUAGAGAUUGUCGAUACAGAUGGAGCUGGCUGGAAUUUUUAUUACCCGAAAUCUGCUUAGUCAUGAGAAAUGGAAGAGAAGGUAUUUCCUAUGAAGUGGUCUAUUGUAUUUUAUUAUUGCUGGGAAAAAGGCUCUUUCUUUUCGUCGGUUGCUAGGAAAAGCUUUGAAAUUUUGACAGUAAAUUUUGCAUUUGUGUGUGUGGGUAACUUCAUUCCUCUCCUUUGAAGGAAGGACCAAAUAAUUAACUGCUCUUUUCAAUUAAUUAAUAUAUUUAUGCUGAAUACUGAAAAGGGGUUCUUAGAAGAAAGAGCGAAUACCCAGGCGGAAACUCACGGCCCGAUUAUCAUUUUCUUUGCCGGAAGCCGUUUCCGCCGGCCACUAGAAUUCCUCUGCUAUUUGCAAUAACUGGAGUACAUACCUGGGACAUAUUUAGUGAGAUUUCUGGGUUUCUUCAUGAUUAUUCUUUAAGGUAGUUAGAAAAAUCUCUCUGAAGUUUCCGGUAAGCCUUAAUUUGUGGGAAGCAUUAUUUUGUUCAUGUGCUCAGUUUAGAAUUGAACUUUUAUGAAUGAAAUUUGGACGUUUUUAAGAUGGCAAAGCAAGUUAAUAGUAUUUUCCUUGAGGAUUGGCUAAAGGGUAUCUGUGGUUAUAGUAGUAGUACCAAAAAUUCUUAUGCUUCUUCAUCAGCUAGAGCAAUCAUUCAGGCAUGGGCUGAGCUUAGAGACUCCCUCCAACACCAGUCAUUUCAUUCCAAUCAUCUCCAAGCUUUGAACACUCUUAUCAAUUCUCAAGCUUCUCUUCAUGUUGCAGAACCCCAAGCAAAGCUUAUCCUUUCCAUUCUUUCCUCGCCAAAACUUAAUCUCCCUCACGAAUCUUAUCCUCCUUUCUUUAGGCUUCUUUAUAUUUGGGUCAGGAAGUCCAACAGACCCACUUUAGCUCUUAUUGAUUCUGUUGUGGAGGUCAUUUCUCAGUAUUUCUCCUCUCAGUUUGAUCAUGUGCAGAACCCUCUCUUGUUUUCAGAAGGUGUUCUCCUUUUGGGUUCCCUUGCUUUCGUGCGCUCAGCAUCUGAAAGCUCCAAAAGAGUUUGUUUGGAGUUGAUUUGCAAGUUGUUGGAAGAAAAGCAUCAACUUAUGGGCUCAUUUGAAGCAAUUGUUCCGGAUGUGCUUGCAGGAAUCGGGUAUGCUCUAUGCUCUUCUGUGUGUGAUUAUUAUGUUAGGACUUUGGACAUUUUAUUGGGAAUUUGGGGCAAAGUAGGUUGCCCUCAAGGUAGCCUUACUCACGGGCUCAUGAUUUUGCAUUUGAUUGAAUGGGUAACUUCUGGCUUGAUCAGUUCCCGGUCUCUGGAAAAUGUUAAUGUUUUUUCUCAUGAGGCUUUAGAAACCAUGAAGGAAAACUAUGUUCCAUUUGCUGUUGUCAUGGCUGCUGCAGGAGUAUUGAGGACAUUGAAUAAAUCUGCAGCUGGUGGCCUGCGGCUAGAUAUUAUUUCAAGGCUAAGAGUUUCUGCGGAGGAUAGGAUAGAAUCUGUAGCAAGAAAUUUGAUUUCUUCCACAAGAGAUUUUUAUAGUUCUCAAAACGACCUUAUGGUCAGCCUUUCCUUACAAUGUCUCUCUUUAGCAUUGGCACGAAGUGGACCAGUGUCUUCUCGCUCUCCCUUAUUUUUAUGCAUUGCUUCUGCAUUAUUGAUAGAGAUAUUUCCCUUAAGACGAUUUUAUACAAAAGUGCUUGAGUCCUCACAUGGAAAUCCAGCGCGAAUAUUGCAUAAUGAGGUUAAAGAACAUUUGGUAAAUGCCCUUUUCAAGGAAGCAGGGACCAUAACUAGAGUUCUUUGCAGUCAGUAUGCUUCAGUGACUGAAGAGAGCCAAAGCAUGGUGGAGAAUCUUAUGUGGGAUUACUGUCAUUUUAUUUACAUGGAGCAUCGGAAAGUGGCUUUGGCAUUGCGAGGCGAAUCCAAUGAGUUACUUACCGAUAUAGAGAAAAUCACUGAGUCUGCUUUUCUUAUGGUUGUAGUUUUUUCAUUAACAGUCACCAAACAUAAGUUUAGCUCCAAAUUGAACCAGGCUAAAGUAGACUUAUCUGUACGUAUACUGGUUGCCUUUUCCUGUUUAGAGUACUUUCGUCGUAUUCGCUUGCCCGAGUAUAUGGAUACAAUUCGCGAGGUUGUGGUGACCAUUCAAGAGAAUGAUUCUGCUUGUAUCUCGUUUGUAGAAUCCAUGCCCAAUUAUCUUGAUUUGACAAAUGGACCUGACUUUAUUCUCCAGCACAAAACGAAAUAUUUAUGGUGUAAAGAUGAGGUUCAAACUGCACGAGUUCUAUUUUACCUACGAGUCAUUGCAACUUGCAUUGAACGUUUGCCUAGCCCUAUAUUUGGGAAGGUGGUUGCUCCAACUAUGUUCUUAUAUUUGGGAGAUCCAAAUGGAAAAGUAGCUCGUGCUUCCCAUUCUACUUUUGUCGCAUUCUUAUCUUCAGGGAAGGAGUCCAAUGAAGAGGAAAGAAUGUCCUUGAAGGAGCAGCUUGCUUUCUACUACAUGCAAAGGUCGCUCUUGGGAUAUCCAGGCAUUACCCCUUUCGAGGGUAUGGCUUCUGGAGUAGCUGCCUUGGUUCGGCAGCUUCCUGCUGGAAGUCCAGCCAUUUUUUACUGUAUCCAUUGUCUCGUUGAAAAAACAGAUAGGCUAUGCAGAGAAGACUUCUCCCAGCAGACUGAUAUAUGGCAGAACUGGCAAGGGGAAUCAGAACCUUGUAAAAAAAUUAUGGAUUUGCUCUUACGGCUUAUUUCCAUGGUUGAUAUACAGGUGCUACCAGAGUUGAUGAAGUUGUUGGCACAACUGAUUGUACAGCUACCAAAAGAUGGUCAGGUGAUGGUUCUAAAUGAGUUAUAUUCACUAGUUGCAGAAUCCGACGAUGUUACACGGAAGUCUGCAUUAGUUUCAUGGCUACAAUCAUUGUCUUUCCUUUGUUUUCAUGCUAAGAAUGAAAGCUCAACCUCUAAAGUGGAGGAAAGUGAAGAUCAACAUAGCCAUAAUAGCUUAAAUGCACGAUUAUAAUGAAGAAGGUGCAGUAAUCAGGUUACUUACUUUAUGCAUCAUAUUUUUGUACCUUAGUUAUGAUUGAGAUAUUCUUCUCUAGUCUUUGUCUAGAUACUUGGACUGGACUAUGUGAACUUUGGGAUACAGAAAGAAAUACCUUUUUUAGCAUCUAAUAAACACAAUCAACAAUAUUACACA